UCUCACUGAGAAUUUCAAGAACUGAAGCGCGAAGCGCCCCUCAACGCCAAAUUUUGCGGGUUACAAGAUAUCAUCUUGUCGCUUUGCCAGCCUAAUUGUCCCCUUUCAGCCGUCAAGAUGAAGUAUGUUCUGGUCUCCGGAGGUGUUGUCAGCGGGGUUGGCAAGGGCAUCAUUGCCUCGUCAGCUGGGCUGCUGCUCAAGACGAUCGGCCUGAAGGUUACGGCGAUCAAGAUUGACCCGUACAUCAAUGUCGAUGCAGGCACGAUGAACCCGAAGGAGCACGGAGAGUGCUUCGUACUGAAGGAUGGCGGCGAGACGGACCUGGACCUGGGUAAUUAUGAACGUUACCUCGGUCUCAACCUGACAAGAGACAACAACAUCACCACGGGCAAGAUCUACAAGCACGUCAUUGAGAAGGAGCGAAGAGGCGACUACUUGGGCCGGACUGUCCAGGUCGUCCCCCACGUCACCAAUGCCAUCAUCGAGCACAUCGAGCGUGUGUCCCGGAUUCCUGUCGACGACUCGGGCUCGGAGCCUGACGUGUGCAUCGUCGAGCUGGGUGGCACCGUCGGCGACAUUGAAAGCAUGCCCUUUGUCGAGGCCCUGACCCAGCUCCGCCACAAGGCUGGCAAGGGCAACUUCAUCAACAUCCACGUUUCGUACAUCCCCAUCGUGAACGGCGAGCAGAAGACGAAGCCGACUCAGCACGCGGUCAAGAGCGUCCGCAGUGCUGGCCUCAUCCCAGACUUGGUUGCCUGCCGCUGCGAGCGCCCACUGGAAAAAGUCACCAUCGCCAAAAUCGCCCAGAGCUGUCAGGUUGAGGUCGAGCAGGUGGUUGCUGUUCGCGACAUGCCUACCAUCUACCAGGUGCCAAUUCUGUUGGAGCAUCAGGGUCUCCUCGAGCUUCUGCGCCAGCAGCUCGUCCUCGACAAGGUAGUCCUGACUCCUGCGUUGGUCGCCAAGGGCAAGACCAUCUGGAAGAAGUGGAACGAGAUUAUCCCCCAGGAGCAUGCCGAUAAGAUCAACAUUGCGCUAGUGGGCAAAUACGUGGAAUUGCCGGAUGCCUACCUGUCCGUCGUCAAGUCGCUGGAGCACUCAGCCAUGCGAUGCGGUCGGAAGCUGAACCUUAUCUGGGUCGACUCCGAGGAGCUCGAGGACAAGACGCAAAAGAGCGAUCCUGUUGCCUUCUACAAGGCGUGGCAUGAGGUCUCGACGGCGGCGGGUAUCCUCGUCCCCGGCGGCUUCGGCCUCCGCGGCACCGAGGGCAUGAUCAAGGCCGCCCAGUGGGCUCGUGAGCGCAAGACGCCCUAUCUGGGCAUCUGCCUUGGCAUGCAGAUCGCUGUCAUCGAGUACGCGCGACACGUCUGCCACAAGGCCAACGCCACCUCGGAGGAGUUUGACGCACAGGCCGAGAACCGUGCCAUCAUCUUCAUGCCUGAGGGCUCCAAGGACACCAUGGGCGGUACCAUGCGCCUUGGCUCCCGCGAGACGCAUUUCCAGGCCGGCAGCGAGUUCAGUAAGCUUCGCGCCCUGUACGGCGAGGCCCUGGUCAUCGAGGAGCGCCAUCGCCACCGCUACGAGGUCAACCCGGACAUGGUCGAGGAGCUGGAAAAGGCCGGCCUCAACUUUGUCGGCAAGGACGACUCGGGCCGCCGCAUGGAGAUCCUCGAGCUCAAGGACCACCCGUGGUUCGUCGGCGUCCAGUACCACCCCGAGUAUCUGAGCCGCGUGCUGGACCCUUCGCGCCCGUACCUCGGCUUCGUGGCCGCGUCGGCCGGCUGCCUCGACCGUAUCACCAAGGACGCUCUGAAGGAGAAGACGCUGGUCGUCAACGGCGCUCUGGAUGACUCCAAGUUCUGAGGGAUGGCAAAUCGAGGCGCGCACCGCCUGGAUGCUGCAACUUGGACAUAUAUAUAUGGGUGGCGAGCAUGCUAAUCGGGGAAAGGGGGAAGGCAAAGUUUCGAAACCCGCGGGGAGCGGAGGCUGAUGUUUCUUAUUCGGGUCGGGGUCGGCUUGGGGACAUCAUCACCACAUAUGGACGGCGGGACAAUCACGUAGAAUUGGGGAAGGCUCCUCAUCGGCACGCAACACACACACACACAAAGGGGAGAGCCCGGGGCUGGGCAGGCUGAUUUACGACUUACAUCAUCUCUUGUCAUAUUUAGACCAUACAUUGCUAGAGGCGUUUUGUGCGCGCGCGGCGUCGGCGUGCCCGCGACAUGAUUAACCGGGAACCCUUGGAACUCAAAUAGGAUACAAUUCAUAAAAGCUCACGGCGCUGCCGUCAUGCUCU